AUGGUUUCAGCACCAGCUGCCAGCAAUGCCGCCGUUGCGUCCACAAUGAGUGCGAGGAGUUCUCCAGCAAGCAACACGCCCUCGCGGAUGGGCGGCACGACGCGCUCAAAGGAUAAAAUCAGUGCCAAUGGAUACCAUCCCACGAAUCCCCAAAAGCCAUUGAGCGCGCUCGUCAGCCCACCUCUCGACCUUACCUCGGUGGAGAGAAGAGGCCAGCCUAAUGCUGCCCGCGAGCCCUUGAAACCGAAGAACAGACCAUUUGGCAUAAAAGAAGCACCAUCGUACACGCCAACGGAAGAGGAAUGGCGCGACCCUUUGACAUACAUUAAGAAGAUUGCCCCGGAAGCUUCGAAAUACGGCAUUUGCAAGGUCAUACCACCUGACUCUUGGAACCCCGAUUUUGCGAUAGAUACCGAGAGAUUCCAUUUUCGUACAAGAAAACAAGAGCUGAAUUCGGUAGAAGGGAGCACGAGAGCAAACCUCACCUAUCUUGAUGGGCUGUCAAAGUACCACAAGCAGCAUGGCAACACCAACCUGCACAGGCUGCCCUACGUGGACAAAAAGCCACUCGAUCUUUACAAACUGAAGAAAGCCGUCGAGUCCCGAGGCGGCUUUGAGAACGUUUGCAAGCUGAAGAAAUGGGCUGAGAUUGGGCGAGAUCUCGGCUACAGUGGCAAGAUCAUGUCUUCGCUUUCGACAUCCUUGAAGAACUCGUACCAAAAAUGGCUGUGCCCUUAUGAAGACUAUCUCCGACUCGCAAAACCUGGCGUACAUCAGCAGCUGGAAGCUGAGUACGGAGGUCCAUUGACGCCGAGUCCUGCCGUCACACCCUCUCAAAGAUCUUUGGCUGACACGCCAGUGAGGAUGGCGGUCGACUCACCAGCACGCCAGGCUACGGAUGCCUUGCAAGCUGGACUGAAUGGACUCAAAAAGGAAGAAUCACAGGACACACCAAUGGUUGAUGCCCCACCUGCACCAGUCCUUCGGGCCCCUUCGAGUGGUUUCACCGCCGUCAACUCUGGCUUCACCAGCGUCAAUCGGCCGAGCACAGCCGAGCAGCACGCAGCCACACCCGAGAAGCAGAAUGGCAGUCCUGUGCCAGCCGGCAAAGCCACACCAGGCGUGGCAACCGCUGGUCUCGACUCGCCAGCCACCUUGCUGAAGCGUCAACUAGGUAGUGGCGAGGGCACACCCGAUAUCGCAACAGCGGCUGGAGAGGACGAAAAUGAUGGCAGUGACAGCUGCAACCGACGUAGCAAGCGCUUGAAAAAGGAUGUGGCUCCCACUGUUGCAGGCUCAUACAUGUCACAAUUCCGUCCUUCGGUGCCAAAAGUACCACGCGACGACGACGCGGGUCACACCGACGAGAAGUGUGCAAAUUGUGGGCGCAGCGAUGACACCUCACAGCUGCUCUUGUGCGAUUCCUGCGAUGGCGCUUAUCAUAGCCAAUGUCUGGACCCCCCUCUGAAACGGAAACCUGACGCUGAAUGGAACUGCGCUCGUUGCCUUGUCGGCGACGGGCAAUUUGGCUUCGAAGAGGGAGGUCUGUAUUCGCUUCGCCAAUUCCAGCAGAAAGCAAAUGAUUUCAAGCAAGGGUACUUCGAGAACAAGAUGCCUUUCGACCACGCUCUGAAUUGUCAUCGACCGGUUACAGAAGAAGACGUCGAGACAGAGUUUUGGCGACUUGUCACCGAUCUCGAAGAGACUACUGAGGUUGAGUACGGUGCAGACAUUCAUUGCACGACUCACGGCUCCGGUUUCCCGACGUUGGAGAAACAUCCAACAAACCCCCAUUCCGCUGAUACCUGGAACCUCAAUGUUCUGCCGUUUCACCCCGAAAGUCUGUUCCGGCACAUCAAGACAGACAUUUCAGGCAUGACCGUACCUUGGGUAUACGUUGGCAUGAUCUUUUCGACCUUUUGCUGGCACAAUGAGGACCACUACGCUUACUCGGCCAACUAUCAGCACUUUGGCGCCACGAAGACUUGGUAUGGGAUACCCGGAGAAGACGCCGAGAAGUUUGAGACCGCCAUGAGGAAUACAGUGCCUGAACUGUUCGAGACGCAGCCGGAUCUCCUGUUCCAACUGGUAACUUUGCUGACACCCGAACAACUCAAGAAGGCGGAUGUGAAUGUGUACGCCAUCGAUCAACGCGCUGGCCAGUUUGUCAUCACCUUUCCACAAGCAUACCACGCAGGAUUCAAUCAUGGGUUCAACUUUAAUGAGGCAGUCAACUUCGCACCAAGUGAUUGGGAACCAUACGGCCUAGCGGGCGUUGAACGACUCCAGAACUUUCGCCGACAGCCGUGCUUUUCGCACGACGAGCUACUCUGGACAGCUGCUGAAGGUACCGCCUCCUCAGGACUGACAAUACAAACAGCCAAAUGGCUAGCGCCUGCGCUUGAUCGCGUCGUCCAGCGCGAGAUUACACAGCGAGAGGACUUCAUCAAGAAGCACUCCGAGGCGGCAGCCCACAAGUGCUCACACUUCAGCGAUAGCACCGAGAGUGCCGAGAACUGUCCCCUGCCCUUAACAGUAUCGGACGACGAUGUUCAGGAUGAGGAGGAGCAGUGUUGUGCCCAAUGCAAAGCAUUCGCCUUCUUCUCGCGGUUCAAAUGUGCCCAGACAGGCAAGGUUCUUUGCAUUUUGCAUGCCGGAUGGACACAAUGCUGCGAGCAAUCGGAAACUGAGAGGUUCACCGGUGAUGGCCACAGCCUGAUCUAUCGGAAGACCGAUACGACGCUGCGAGAAGUCUCUGAACGAGUGGCCGAGAAGGCACGAGUGCCUGAUGUCUGGGAGCAGAAGUAUAACGCUCUGCUUGACGAAGAAGCUCGGCCGUCUCUAAAGUCGCUACGUACCCUUCUGAACGAAGGCGAGCGCAUUGCAUAUGAUAUCGAUGCAAUUCCUACCCUCAAAGAGUUCGUCGACCGCUGCAAUGAUUGGGUUGAAGAGGCAACCACUUACCUUGUGCGGAAGCAGCAGAACCGCCGAAAAAGCGAAAAGGCCUCUCAAGGCAGCAGACGCAAGUCAACGGGUGCUGCGGCCCAGGACGUUAAAGAAUCGCGAAGCGUGUCAAAUAUAUUCCGGCUGUUAAGGGAAGCUGAGCACAUUGGCUUUGACUGUCCCGAGAUCGGCCAACUCCAGGAGCGAUCGGCCGCUAUCAAGGCGUACCAAGAACAUGCGAGCCGAGCUUUGGCGAACAAGAACGCCAUCUCGAUCGACACGUGCACAGAACUACUUGAGGAAGGCCGCAGUUUCAACGUGGAUAUCCCCCAAGUGGAUCGCCUCAGCCGAGUGCUGGAGCAGAUUCAAUGGGAUGAGAGGGCUGCCUCAAGUCGCAAGGUGCUCAUGAGCUUGCAAGAAGUGAAGGACCUCAUCUCGGACGCCGAGCGCUUGGAGGUGCCUGCAUAUAAUGACCACUUACAAUACUGGUGCGAACAGUUGCGAUCUGGAAUGGUUUGGGAGGCCAAGGCUGUCGAGCUCAUUUCAGCAGAGUUCAUCCACUUUCCCCAGCUGGAAGCUUUCGCAGCUCAAAGGCAGGCCAAUGCUCUUCCCGUGUCGGCCGGAACAUUGCGCGCUAUCGACCGUAUCCUGUCCAAGCAGCGGGAGGCCCAUCGACAAGCCUUGGACACUCUCGAGCGGUCGAAGAGGGAAAACCCCGCCGAGAGACCAAAAUACGCUGAAGUCAUUGAGAUGAUGAAAGAAUUCGAGGAGCUUGCCGCGAAGCCCAAUGGCACGAUCGAAAUAGAGAAUGAGCGCAAGCGACACGAGGACUGGAUGCGCAAGGGCAAGAAACUUUUCGGCAAGUCGAAUGCCCCACUGCACAUCCUGAAGAGUCACCUGGAGUAUGUGUUGGAGCGCAACAAGGAUUGCUUCGACCUGUACUACGAUACGCCUCGAAAUCCUGGAGAACCCGUGUCUCGCGAGGCGAGCCCAGAUGGCGGCACCAGCCGUUCAAGACAGGUUUUCUGUAUCUGUCGCAGACCCGAGGCCGGCAUGAUGAUAGAGUGCGAGCUGUGCCACGAAUGGCAAGUUUGUGCUGUAGCGAUCCCCAAAUGCUGUGCACUAACAAUUUAUAGGUACCAUUACAAGUGUCUUAAGAUUGCGCGUGGUAAAGUCAAGGAGGAUGACAAAUACACGUGUCCUAUUUGCGACUGGCGCAUGAAGAUUCCCCGAGAUGCCUCGAGGCCCAAGUUGGAAGACUUACAUGCGUUGGUGGACGAAAUAGCGGGCUUGCCCUUCCAACCCGAGGAAGAGGAGAUUCUACGUCAAAUCAUUGAUAACGCACAGCAUUUCAGGGACCACAUUGCGCGCCACUGCAAUCCAAUGCUGUCCACCGAGGCCGAGGUCGAGAUACAGAGGUUCUACCUGCGGAAAAUCGAAGGCGCAGAAGUUCUUCUGUCGUAUGAGACGAACCUGUUUCGCCAAGAGCUGCACAAAUGGUGCCCGGUGGCUCCGGAGGCACCUCCGAUACUCGAGGUCUCGCUCUCCACGCGGAAGCCUCGACCAACAAAGCUGCAGAAGAUGUUGGCCGAGUACGGGGUUGAUAAUCCAGACGAUCUACCUGAGCAUGCCAAGGGCAAGGCUAACAGCCUACGUCGCAAGGCUGCCAACGCUGAGGCUGCCGCUGCAGCGGCCGCCAGUCAAGCAGGUGGUUCUGCGCCAACAGGACAGGGUCAGCAUUCGCUUGGGGGAGCUGGAUUCUUCCCUCACACCUCGCAUCCGAGUGUGUCUGGUAUUACUGCACCCUCACAUCCGUCAACAUCACAAGCCGAGACGAGCAUUUUCCACCCGGGCGACCCGAUGGACAUUGAUGGAGGGGUACAUCCUGCACUCCUUGGCGCUGGAGGUCCCCGUCUGCAUGUUGCCGACACGCCAAAAUCCCUCGAAGAGCGAUUGCUACAAGGCGAGGUUGAUGACGUUGAACUGCAGACCGAAGAGGGGAAGAGUAAGGCUCUCGAGAUCCUCAGCCGGACCGAUGAGGGAAGACGCGAAGCCGAGCGCAUCUGGGGUUCUGAUGUUUGGGGGACACCGCAUCGAUCCAUCAGCGACCAAGGCCGAUCUAUGACCCCCGGAGACAUUGAUCCGAUGAUGAAGCACGAUGACGGGAACGUCGAUCAAAUGUUUAAGGAGAUGACGAACCAGGAUGACGACGACGACCAGCAGAAGAAGCGAGAUGCCGUUGCGGACAGCCAUAAUGUGACGGCCGAGUCACUCGAAAAAGAGCGCAACGGACUUGACGCUAUGUUAGAUAUGGAUUAGGACUUGGGCGGGCGUUGCUAGAAUAUUUGCGGGCAUAUCGGGACACACUGGGCGGCGCAACUGGUCAGAGACACAGACGAAUCUGAGGCGUUUGGUCAUGUGGGCAAGGACAAUGUGUAUGAGUACGGUGUUCUGAUACAUAGUCCAGGCGAAUGCGUGGCCUGCUUUGUCCCUCUCAACGAUCAGUAAUUCUCUGAUAUAAAUGUAUUCGAUUU